AUGAACCCCGCCGUCCCCUGCUACACCAUCAUCCACGACGACCUCCUCGACGUCCCCUCCUCGGCAGACCUCAGGAAUGCCCUCCAGAAGGGCUCCGACGAGGUCAAGCUCGAGACCAUGCGCAGGAUCAUCGUCGGCACCCUCAACGGCCAGAACCAUUCCUCCCUUCUGAUGCCCAUCAUCCAAUAUGUCAUGCCCUCGCGCAACAAGCAGCUCAAGAAGAUGCUCCAUUUCUACUGGGAAGUAUGCCCCAAGCUGGACGAGCAGGGCAAGCUGAAGCAAGAGAUGAUCCUCGUCGUCAACGCGAUCCGAAACGACCUCCAGCACCCCAACGAGUACAUUCGAGGUGCUACCCUUCGAUACCUCCAAAAGGUCCGCGAGUCAGAGUUGCUGGAACCGCUGGUCCCUACCGUCAGGUCGUGUCUGGAGCACAGACAUUCCUUCGUCAGGAAGAAUGCGGUGUUUGCAGUGUACUCGAUCUUCCAGGACCAUGAGCAUCUCAUUCCUGAUGCGCCAGAGCUUCUGGAGACAUUCCUCGUCGCUGAGUCCGACUCUACAUGUAAACGCAACGCCUUUGUCACCCUCUGCAACAUCUCCCAACCCACCGCUGUCCGAUACCUCCUCGAAAACUUUGACCAAAUCGACAGCAUGGACGAGCUCAUGCAGAUGUCUGUCAUCGAGCUCGUUCGGAAGGAGGCCAAGACCGAGGGGAGCCACAGGGCCAAGUGGAUCAGGUGUAUCUCUGAGCUUCUUGGCUCCAAGUCACACGCCGUCAAGUACGAAGCCGCUACUAGCUUGACAACCUUGACCCAGAACCCGGCAGCUGUCAAGGCUGCUGCUGCGGCCCUCGCAGAGCUCAUCGUCAAAGAGGCGGACAACAAUGUCAAGCUCAUUGUUCUUGACCGAUUCAAUGCGCUGCGGGAAAAGCAUGAGCAUGUGUUGGACGGGAUGGUGAUGGACAUUUUGAAGGUGCUGAAUUCCCCCGACAUGGAAGUCAAGCGAAAGGCGAUCGGUAUUGCUCUCGAGAUGGUCUCCUCUCGUAAUGUUGAAGAAGUUGUCCUGUUCCUCAAGAAGCAGCUGCAGUCUACCAUCGACCAAGACUUUGACAAGAAUCUUGAAUACCGACAGCUGCUCAUCCAGAGCAUCCACUCGUGCGCUAUCCGAUUCUCCGAAGUGGCCGCCAAUGUCGUGUACGUCCUCAUGGACUUCCUCGGCGACUCCAACAACCCAUCAGCGGUGGAUGUGAUUGCUUUCGUGAGGGAAGUCGUAGAAAAGUUCCCCAAGUUGAGGGAGGCCAUCACCAAUAAGUUGAUCUCUACUUUCGGCGAGAUCAAAUCAGGCAAGGUCUACAGGGGUGCCAUGUGGAUCGUUGGCGAGUACUGUGAAAAGCCGGAAGAGAUCAAGCGGGCGGUCGGCGAGAUCAGGCAGGUAUUGGGUGAAAUCCCCAUCCUUGCUUCCGAGCAGCGUUUGUUGGAUGAGCACGAGGCCGCCGACCAAGGGCACGCCGAGCAGGACGAGGACAAGCCCAAGGCUGUCACCACUACACGAGUUUUGGCCGAUGGCACCUACGCCACCGAAACUGUCUACACUUCUUCUGCCGCUGCUGCCCGUCUUGAAGCUGUCCGCUCAGCUACCAAGCCUCCACUUCGAGCUCUUCUUCUUGGCGGCGACUUCUUCACCGGAAACGUGCUUGCGUCAACACUGACCAAGCUUGUCUUGAGGUAUUCCGAAGCUGCUGGUGCAAAUGACCCGACUGGUAUCAACACGCUUCGCGCUGAGGCCAUCUUGAUCAUGACCAGUGUGAUUCGUGUCGGUCAGUCUAAAUUCUCUGCCGUCCCCAUCGACGAGGAUGCCGAGGAACGAAUUAUGAACUGCAUCGAGACUCUUGCGCAAUUGCAAGGCAACAAGGCGCUUCACGAUGUAUUCUUGAAGGAUACCAAGGCGGCGUACGCAAAGAUGGUGGAGACUGAGGAAAAGAAGGCGCGUGAAAAGAAGGAGAGGGAAAGCAAGGUCGAGGUUGUGCAAGCGGAUGACUUGAUAGAGUUCAGGCAGUUGGCCAAGAAAUCGACUGUGACCGAGGUUGACGAUGUCGAUGACGUCGUCAAAGCCACUGGCUCUACCCAACCUCAAGACGACUUUGUUUCCAAGCUUUCUCGCAUCACACAACUCACUGGUUUCUCCGACCCUGUCUACGCCGAGACCGUCGUCACUUUGUCUCAAUACGACAUCAUCCUCGACGUUCUGCUCGUCAACACCACCAACGAGACUUUGCAAAACUUGACGGUAGACUUUGCUACGCUGGGCGAUUUGAAGCUUGUCGAACGACCGGCAGCUGUUACCCUGGGACCUCACGGCUUCCACAGUCUGUCAGCCACCGUCAAGGUCUCUUCCACUGAAACUGGUGUGAUCUUUGGAGCCAUUACAUACUCUAAACAAGGCGCCUCCGAUGCGGACGUCAGUAUUGUGAUGUCUGACAUUCACGUCGACAUCAUGUCCUUUAUCAAACCCAACUAUGUCAACGAAGCUCAGUUCCGCAGUAUGUGGACAGAGUUUGAGUGGGAAAACAAGGUGGCAGUGCAGACGGCCAUUGGUCAUCUGAGAGGCUACCUGGAUCAUCUGUUGAAGAGCACCCACAUGGCGUUGUUGACGCCCGAGGCAGCGUUGAGCGGAGAUUGCGACUUCUUGAGUGCCAACUUGGCCGCCAAGAGUCUGUUUGGUGAGGAUGCGCUUGCCAAUGCUUCCAUUGAACGGACAGAAGACGGCCAUAUCACUGGUCACGUCAGGAUAAGAAGCAAGACCCAGGGAAUCGCUCUGAGCUUGGGUGACAAGAUCACGUUGAGCCAGAAGGCUAAUGUAACAGUCGCUGCGGCCUAA